AAAUGGCUGAUUUACAAGAAACUGGAAGCAUACUGUUGAAUGAGCAGCUGCUACUGUGACACUUAUUUAGAGGAGGGGAAAUUGCAAAACAGAACUGUGCCUGACCUCACUGUUUUCUGCAUCCGCUAUAGUUAUUUAUUAUCAGUGUACUGUUGAGAAAGUGGCUGAUUUACAAGAAGCUGAAAGCAUACUGUUGAAAAUAACUGUAUGAUAUAACAAAGCGUGAACUACAGACCUAAACAAUGUUUGCUAGAUAUUUAAAGAGUGAGGGACGAGUUUAUAAAUUUAAAAGUGAAACCAAGCAGAGUUGUAGCUGUUGAUUCAAAACAGAAUCGAAUUUUCUGAUUUAGCCUGCUUUCAUACGUGCUUGAGACGAUCUUUUUGAUUAAGGUAAAAGUACAUUCCUCGCAGAACCUGAAGAAAGAAAAGAAUGGGUUCUUUUGGAGAUAUUAUGAAAAUUGACACUACUGGUGCUUCCUCAAUAACUGCAAAAGCUAACCAUCUUUCACCUGGGGUUUCUGCAUCUCACAAAAUGGCUGAACAUGAUUAUUGCAAUAUGCAGAGAUACCAAUCUAACAUAAGGGAUGUGGCAAGAGAGAAGGGCAUUGACUCUGCAGUGAUAGCAGCAAUCAUAUCUCGUGAAAGCAGAGCUGGUACUGGACUAGAGAAUGGAUGGGGUGACCAUGGAAAUGCCUUUGGCCUCAUGCAGGUGGACCGGCGGUAUCAUUCACCUCAGGGAGCUUGGGACAGCAGAGAACAUAUUGCUCAAGCUACAGGGAUUCUGGUAGACUUCAUUGGAGUGAUGAAGAAGAGAUUCCAAGGUUGGACACAAGAACAGUACCUUAAAGGUGGAAUUGCAGCCUAUAAUUGUGGACCUGGCAGAGUAGAGUCCUAUGAAAACAUUGAUAAGAACACAACUAGUUCGGACUAUUCAAAUGAUGUUGUUGCAAGAGCUCAGAUUUUCAAAUCCAAAGGGUUUUAAUGUUAUUUACAAACAGAUGAACCUUCCAAAUAACUGCAUAGGCUGGCUUUUUUUUAACCAUUGCGUUUCAGGCAGUAUUGCAUUUUCAAUUUUAACUCUUGUUUGAAUGUAAAUGAAUAUUAAUUAGUCCGAGCUCAGUUUGCUGUGAAACAAUGUUAGGAUUGCUGCAUGUACAUCAAGUUUGAGAGAAAGCUUGCUAGGUUUUUCCCAAGACUUUUGAGCUACCUACCUUUAUUGCUGAGUUGCUUGUGAUAACUGACAAAGAGAUUAUAGGCAUUUUUAGGUGCUCCUUCUCAUGGCAGAGAUGGAAUUCAUUGUUCAUGGCUUUCCAUUAACAUUGGUAGGUGGGAGUUUGGAACACAUCAUCAGAAAUGUAUACAGCUGUAUAAAUUGUUACAUGGAUGGUAAAUUAUGUCUGCUGUUGAACUGUUAACAUGCUGUACAAGUUACAUUGUUUUUAAUGUGUAACAUUGCGUGUUAUAUAUGCAUUUGCGAAGAAUGUAUUCUGAUUUCAGUAUUUUAUACACUUUUGAACCCUGCAAUAAAAAUAUUGAUGCAAAAAAGUUCAA